GUUCUUCCGAUCUGUAUUCCCCAUGAGACAACAAAACACAAACACAAAUUCAAUAUUCUUCGCCAUUCUUGUUUCUCCACAACCCUUUUUCAUUCCCCUUCCCCUUCCCCCAACAAUAUAACACUUUCUCUCUUUCUCUCUUUCUCUCUCUCUCUUUCUGUUGCUUUUUUCUUUUUUCCUUUCUCAUAAUUCCCUCCUUUGCAUCUCAUAAUCCCAACAACACUCAUCUCCAACCGCCACCUCUCAUUGGUUUGAGCGAUGGCGCCCCGUCUCUUGUCCUGCUUCCGCAGCAAGGGCAGCCCCGGCAGCGACGCCGCCGUCGAGAGGCACGUGACGGCGGACCUGACGGCGGAAGAGCAGAAACGCGGGGGACCCGUGCUGGUGGAGAUGUUCUCGUCGCAGGGAUGCGCGACGUCGCUGGCGGCGGAGCUGGUGCUGUCAAGGCUGGGGAGGGGUGAUUUUGAGCUGGAGGUGCCGGUGGUGGUGCUGGCAUUCCACGUGGACUAUUGGGAUUACAUGGGCUGGAAGGACCCAUUUGGGUCGAGCCAAUGGACCGUUAGGCAAAAGGCCUACGUUGAAGCCCUUGGGCUUGACACAAUGUUCACGCCCCAGGUUGUGGUUCAGGGUAAGGCCCAUUGUAUUGGAAAUGACGAGAAUGCCCUCAUCGAUGCCAUCACCAACGCUUCUAGAUUCCCUGCUCCAACCUUCCAGGCAACUUUCUCAAGGCCUACACCAGAUUCUUUGCAAGUGUCUCUAACAGGAGCAUUGAGGACCAAGGUGGAAAAUCAUGGUGCCAAUGUCAUGGUAGCAUUAUAUGAAAGUGGUUUGGUUACUGACUGUCCUAGAGGGGAGAACAAAGGGCGUGUUCUAUCCAAUGACUAUGUUGUUAGAAAGCUUGAAAAGCUCUGCACUGUCAAAGAUGUCUCUGCCAAGAAGACAGUAACAGGAACUGUUAAUUUUUCCUUGUGGGAAGGAUUUAACAGCAGCAAAUGUGGUGUGGCUGUCUUUGUUCAGAGCAGCUCUCACCAGAUUUUUGGUUCAAUGAGUUUUCAGCUGCCGGAUGAUAUAUGAUAUUCAUUCCUUAGUUUUAUUUGUUCUGCAUACUAUCACAUUCAGGUUCAUUGUUAUUUGUUAGGCUAUAUGUAAAUAAUUUGUUCUGGUUAAGGACAAUGUUGGUUUCAUUUUUCUUUAUCUCUUUAUUUUUUUACCCUUUGUGCUUUGUCCUUCUUUACUAUUGAUUCUAUUAUUACGAGAUGGAGAGAAAAAUUUAAAACUGU